AUGAAGGUUCUUCUGCUGAGCAUUGGCCUGGCCCUGGUUUGUGCCAUCCAGGCUGCGGCUGAUGUAUCUGGCAAACCCAUCCAAACUGAAAAGUUGAAAGGACAAUGGCACACCAUCUCCAUGGCUACCAAUGAAAUGAAACUGAUCGAGAAGGAUGGAACGAUGAGGUUCUUUUUCAAGACAGUCACCCCCAGAAACACCGACGAGCUGAUUGUCACGAUGCUCAAAGAGGAAAACAACAAAUGCACUGAAUACAAUCUGGUCAUCAAGCAGACUGAAGAGCCCAACAAAUUCCGUCCUGUUCCCUUCACAGACAACAAGAGGAACCUCAUCAUCAUGGCUGACACUGAUUACCUGAAUUACGCCCUGGUGGUCAUUCAACACUAUGACAAAGAACUGGACAGAGAGGUCACAGUGGUGCAGUGCCUCAGCAGAACUUUGGAGGUGACUCCUGAGGUUGUGGAAAAAUUCAACAAACUGCUCAAAGAUUACAACAUCAGUGAGAAGAAUGUAAUCAACAUGAACAAUGAAAAAGAUAUAUGCCGUUUGUAGAUGAAACCAAAUCAGGAAGUUGAGAACGUCUGCCAGCCCCAAAGGACCAUGGAUUCCCCACUCACAGAUGCAGGGGAAUGGUGGACUUUAGUCCCUUGUCCAUUCAUCUGGAAAUGAAUCUUUCUACUUUCUGGUCCCGGGGAUGGGGGGACUCUGCUUUGUGAAUGGUUUUGCUCUUACAUUCAAAUAAACAAAU